CAGCUUCCGUCUGGCAGAUAAGGGGGCGUGUGGAAGGUUGCCUGUUGUCAGACACUUUCCUACUUGCAGUACAGGUGUAGACAGGGCUAAACCCAGCAAAGCAUGGCUGUCAAAAGGGCACUAGUGAUCCUGGCCAAGGGGGCAGAAGAGAUGGAGACUGUGAUCCCCACUGAUGUUAUGAGAAGGGCAGGAGUGAGUAUAAUGUGUUUCUGCAGGGAGUGCUUGAUGCAGAUACAGUGGGAGAGGUUUUAUCAAGGCUAAAACAGGGGCUAUUAUGGGGAAACGUUCUAAAUAAUAUACACCACCUUAGACACCAAUAGAAUGAUGCUCCACAUUUAUCACCCCCCUCCUAUAGCAUUUAUUUUACAUUGGUAGAUGUGGCAAGUAACAGAAAACCAGUUUACAGUUCCCAUUCUAAAAGAAAAAUUUAACCUGGGGCAAACACAGCUUUCUUAAAACAUUCUCUACCCCCAUUAAAAGGACACUAAGCCAGAUGUGUUUUUUGGGGGUUCUUUUUUUCUUUAAGUGCAUGCUUUCUUACUGGUUUUUGUGACCAUCCAGUUAUGCCAGCUACCUGUUGUAUGCAGAUUUGCAUAAAGUGUGAAUUCAGAGUGAAUCUCAAAUUUAAAGGGGCACUAUAGUCACCAAACAACAACUUUAGCUUAAUGGUGUAGUUUUGGUGUAUAGAUCAUGCCACUGCAGUCUCAUUGCUCAAUUGUCUGCCACUUGGGAGUUAAAGGAACACUAUAGUCACCUAAAUUACUUUAGCUAAAUAAAGCAGUUUUAGUGUAUAGAUCAUUCCCCUGCAAUUUCACUGCUUAAUUCUCUGCCAUUUAGGAGUUAAAUCACUUGCUAAAGUUGUUCAGGCGACUAGAGUGUCCCUUUAAAUCACUUUGUUUAUGAAGUCCUAGACACACCUACACGGCCUUCCUAAACACUUCCUGUAAAGAGUCAUCUAAUGUUUACACUUCCUCUAUUGCACAAUCUGUUUUAAUUUAGCAUUUCUCAUCUCCUGCUCUGUUAAUAGCUUGCUAGAAGACCCUGCAGGAGCCUCAUGUACGUGAUUAAAGUUCAAUUUACAGGGAUAAAUAGCUUUUAAAGUAUGUUAAAAUCUGAUUUGAAAUAACACAAUUUUGUUUCCAUGCAGGCAGUGUCACAGCCAAGGGAGGUGUGGCUAAGGCAGCAUAAACCGGAACAAAAGGGACUUAAAUUAAGUGGCAGUGAAUUGAAAACUGAUACUUUAGAGGUGUGAUCUAUACUGCUUCAUUAAGAUAAAGUUGUUUGGGUGAAUAUAAUGUUUAGCCCCUUAAGGACACGUGACGGAAAUAUUCCGUCAUGAUUCCCUUUUAUUCCAGAAGUUGUGUCCUUAAGGGGUUAAAGGACCACUAUAGGCACCCAGACCACUUCAGCUCAAUGAAGUGGUGUGAGUGCCAGGUCCCCCAGGUUUUAACCCUACAGCUGUAAACCUAGCAGUUCACUGACAGCCACUAGAGGCCGGUUCCGUGAUUCUCACUGUGAAAAUCACAGGGAGAAGGCGCUGACGUCCAUAGGAAAGCAUCGAGAAAUGCUUUCCUCUGGGCGGUUUGAAUUUGCGCACGGCUCUUGCCACGCAUGCGCAACUGGCGCUGACGUCGGCAGGAGGAGGAGAGUUGCCCAGCGCUGGAGAAAGGUACGUGUUUUAACCCCUUCAGCCCAGUGGGAGGUGGGCCGUGGGGGGGACCUAAGGACUACAUAGUGCAUGAGAAGAGCAAAUCUAUUGUUUUCCAAAGUAAGGUUUUUAACUAUAGGUAAAUUAAAACGUGUAAACAUGCACGCUGUUUUGUGUACUAUUGAGAUUGAUUUCCUGUGUGAAUUAUGAAGGGAUUUACCACAAAACUGGAAAACUUGCUUGUGUGUCUCGGACCCCCUCGCGUUCACAUUACAUCUCCCAUAAUCCUUUGCUGUGCUCUGACUGUUGUAAAUUAUGGUAGCAUGGCAAGUGACUUGUGUGAGCGCUCUAUUUUUAUGAAAAUUACACAGUGAUUAUUUAUACAUGUUGACUUGCAGGACUACAUGAAAUGUUUUUAACAAUAUAUAUAUAUUUUUUUCUUCUAGAUCAAAGUAGUUGUUGCGGGUUUAGCAGGGAAGGAUCCUGUACAGUGCAGCAGGGAUGUGGUCAUCUGUCCUGAUAUGAGCUUAGAAGAUGCCCGAGCACAGGUCUGUUGGAUAUUUGGUCCUAAAUGAAAUCAUACUGUUAAAGGGUAUUUUUAAGUAAAAUGACCUCUAUUUAAGAUGAUGCAAAAAAAAAAAAAAAUUAAAAAGAGAUGUCAAGUUUAGUUUGUCGGACUGACCUGUGAACUGAUAUCAACACUGCUGUGGUUGUUAGCAAUUUACACGUAGCCCGGUUCACUGUGCCGCUAUCAACAUGCGCUUAGUAGAUGAGAGAGAGCUCAGUCCAAUUUGUGCCACUUUUACAUAUAAAACUUGAGCAAAAGGAACACAUGUAACUUGGAGCUCUUGCUCUGGGCCAUCUGAUUGACAGCUCCAAGGGGCUGACUUAGAGCUGUGGUGGUUUUUUUUGUUUAGUUUUUUGUUUUUUUUUAGAAAUCACUGCAGUUUUUAACCACUCGGAGGUAAGAGUAUGCUUAGGGUGUUCUAUGUCCAACACCCUCUCCAUUGCAAUAUCCAUAGAUGUGAUUUUGCAAAGAGUGACUCGUCUUGCAUUUUUUUUUUCAAAAAGACACCUAAAAGUUAAGUCUACUCCUGUGCGCAAUUUUUUUUUUUUUUUUAAAUACAAUAUACAGAGGAAGUGGAGAAAUGGGUAGCUUAUACUAAUUUAGAUUGCCCACAUACGUCCUAGUCUGGUUUUUGUGACAUAGAAGCUAAAGGUUUCUGUAGUGUAUUUACCUGCUUCGUUAUACACAUAGGUUUGCACAAUAAUUCUCUCACAUUGAGUUUUGUGAGGUCCAUGCUCAGCCAUUUCCUUUUUUUAAAGGUGCUGUCACAGGAGAAGAAUCAGAACAAAGAGAUUUGCUCUGUAAAACCAGCUUGAGAUUUGACCCACCGAAGGGCAGGCUAAGCGAGCUGUUGUCCAUUCUCACCUCUCUUGCUACUUGUUUUUUUUUUCGCUCCAAUAUAAAUGUUUUAUAUAUACAGUGCGUUAAAUAUGAUGGCAAAUCCACCUUGCAGCUUCCCUUUUAAAUUCUGCCGUCUGACCUUUAUGCUGUCAUUGGGCCUGCCAGCCUUCAUUUCUAAUUUAGGAAGACUCGCUCUGCCACUUGUCAGCUGCUAUGUUACUAUGUUACUGCUAAGCACUAAGUUAUUAAUUGUAUAUAUAGUACUUUAUAAAUGUGCAACUCAUUGCAGAGAUUUCACAGUCCCGGUUCUGAAAGAAUGUGUCGUUAGACAUUUGAACCAUCUGUCAGACAGGCGCACAUAAUCAUUUAUUGUACAGUCUUAACUAUUUAUAUACAAAAUAACAAUAGGGAGAAUAGGAAAGGCUACAGUGAUGUGGCAAAUUUGGUCAAACAAUGUGAUUACCAAUAACCUGUUAUUUUCAAAUUUAUCCGUCUACUUGGAUCCUGCAGAUUGAUAUGAUUAUUCAGUUCAUGAAGGUUUUACAGUACUUGUUUCCAAAAUGAACUGAUCAGAGGCCGAAUAGACACUAUAUUUAAGGAAACACACACUCCCUUUAUUUUAAAUUAGUCCGCUCUGUUGCAAAUUCUCAGCUACUUGCGCUCUUUUUGCUCCUAAUCUCAAAUCCUGACCCCCAGCAACAGCUAUGUCACUGUUUCUGCCCAGUUUCCUGUCUAACUGCCAAAAUUCUAUACCUUCCUAAUGCAAGAAUUCAUGGCAUUAACGCCUUCCUUGACAUUUUAGCGACUUAUAGAGACUCUGCUUAGUUUAUGCUUUCCUGUGGUCACCUCCAAAGGUAGGGGUUCCCAACCCAAAAGAUAUCUGGUCUGGAUUCUGAAUAUACAUAGAAAAAAGGGAAGAGCACACCAUGCAUUUCUCAAUAGUGAUGCUGCCAUAACCAGUGUUUGUGUUAUCAUUAAAGGACAUACUCAUAGGACGCUAAAACAAAUAGACAUUUUGUACCCACUAAUUCAAUGCCCUCCACUUUUUAUGAUUGCAUGUUUUAGCAUACGUAAAAAGUCUCUAGAAAAAAAAAUAUAUCUAGCCAAUUACAAUGCAGCCCUAAGAAGAUCAAAUACAUACAAUUUUGCUUGUUGUGUUCUGAUAUCUAUGCAGUGGAAAAUAAAUCGAAGCGAUCUCACACAUCUGGAUUUUUUUGUAAAAAUGUCUUCACUAAUGUGAGAAUUGCUGGGAAUUCAUAUGUAAAGCCAAAGUGAAUACAAAAAUUGUGAUUUUCUAGUUUGGUUGCUUAAGCCUAAAUUUUAAAAUUUGCGUUGAAUUCCAAGCCGUGCACACUUUAGUCAAUAACCUUGUUUUCCAUUCAUUAAACUGGAAAAAUAUAUUUUUGCAAGCCAGUUUUAUGAAUGAGUCUGAUGGGCUGAGAACCCUAAAUAACUCCACCCCCAGCAUACUCAUCCUAUAACUGUCUAAAGUUGAACCGCUAAUAUGGAGAAUUGCCACUGCAUUAGCAGAGGGGUUGAGGUGUAGGUCAGUUUCUGUCACACCUUUCAAGCUUUAUGUAUCAACAAAAUAAAUAUUUUAUAUAUAUAUAUAUAUAUAAAUAAUCUAUGAGCAUUUCAUACAUACAUCAACAUUUUAAUACAACAUGCUCUGAUUUGAAUUGGUUUUUUUCUAGGGACCCUAUGAUGUAGUGGUACUUCCUGGAGGAAAUCUUGGUGCUCAGAAUUUGUCAGAGGUAAUGGAAAGUUAUGUGAAAAUGGCAUAAAAGACCAUGGGUGCAAAAUAGAUAUUCAUGCAAUAUGCAUCCAGACAUACAGUAUCUCACAAAAGUGAGUACACCCCUCACAUGUUUGUAAAUAUUUUAUUAUAUCUUUUCAUGUGACAACACUGAAGAAAUGACACUCUGCUACAAUGUAAAGUAGUAAGUGCACAGCCUGUAUAACAGUGUAAAUUUGCUGUCCCCUCAAAAUAACUCAACACACAGCCAUUCAUGUCUAAACCGUUGGCAACAAAAGAGAGUACACCGCUAACUGGAAAUGUCGAAAUUGGGCCCAAUUAGCCAUUUUUACUCCCCAGUGUCAUGUGACUCGUUAGUGUUACAAGGUCUCAGGUGUGUUACAUUUGGUGUUAUCGCUCUCAUACUGGUCACUGGAAGCUCAACAUGGCACCUCAUGGCAAAGAACUCUCUGAGGAUCUGAAAAAAAAAGAAUUGUUGCUCUACGUAAAGAUGACCUAGGCCAUAAGAAGAUUGCCAAGACCCUGCAACUGAGCUGCAGCACGGUGGGCAACACCAUACAGUGGUUUCACAGGACAGGUUCCACUCAGAACAGGCCUCGCCAUAGUUGACCAAAGAAGAUUGCACGUGCUCAGCAUCAUAUCCAGAGGCUGCCUUUGGGAAAUAGAUGUGAGUGCUGCCAGCAUUGCUGCAGAGGUUGAAGUGCUGGAAAAUAAUGGUGGCUACAUACAAUAUUGACACUUUGGACAUUUCCACUUAUAGGUGUAUUCAUUUUUGUGAGAUACUGUAUAUGUGUUACAUUUUACUUUAUAUAAUAUCCUGUCCAUUGUGAAUUGGAAAAAUACAGUUUGAAGAAAUGCAGAGUAUACGGUAUUAGUAAAGUUGUCUGAAAGACCAAAAUUACAAAACAGAAUGGAAUUUCGUCAUUUUGGUCUCUCAGCCUCUUAGUAGAUAGCUCCCUAAUGAAAGAGUACAACAUUGAAGUGAGCUCCUGGGAGCUGAAAUGCCAGGAGCUGAGGAGGACUGACAGUAAGAGCGUGGCAGUGUCUGCAAGGGACAGGUUCGCGUAAAUCUACCUCCCCUUCCCCUGCACCACUUGGCCACCGCAGCCGUCACUUUUGGGUCUUUACAAAGGCACCAGACUUUGACAGUGCCGCUUUAACUGAAAUUCAAAUACGAUUUUAUUAUUGUUAAAUGGUCACAAUCAACUUAGUUUUUUUAUUUUGUCUGAGGAUCUAGUGACACUUUGAGCUUGUCUAAGACGACAUCAUGGAAUUAGAAACCAGGGAGCAGAUGAGCAACGUCUUUGCAACUUCAGCACUGAGCUGGUGCUAGGAUUGUUCCUUUUAAUAGCAAAUUCUCCAUGUGUCUUAUUGUGACUAGAAUACCUUGGUCCAUGUAUACAUGCUUGUGGCGAAACCAACCUCGCCACUGUGAACUGGAGAAGCCUGGUUGCUCGCCUGCUCCCUUUGGACUAUGGCCCUGCAGGUUAAACCGUUUAUUUCCCCUGCAGGAAGGCUUAUUUGUGUGAUCUGAGUGCCAUUCAUCUAAUAAUGUGCACUCAGAUCCCAGCUAUCUGGGGAUAUGUGAAAUGUCUGUGUGUUAUGUGUAAAUGUGACUUUAUGUAUUUUAAAGUGUUUUUGUGUCUUUUUGCAACCAUGUGCUUAAUGGAGUCUUGUGUCUAUCCUGGGAGAUAAUUUAAUUACUCUCCAGGAUAGAAGACUCUGAAACUGGUUUGGGCCAGAAAGCCAUGCUUCAUUUAGUCACAAGGACUUUUUACUAACUUUUGAACCCCUUGUCUGAUUUGUGCCAUUUUUGAAUAUGUUGUUCCCCUGAAUGGAUUGAUUGUGAAUAUGUAAUUUUAUGUGAAUGUGAUGUAUGGUUUUGGAGUUAUGAAAGUUGGGUAGAAGGUAUGUUUUAACUGUAUGUAUAAUUGAGUUUCCUCUCAGGAUAAGGGGAGGGAAUAUGUGGGAUGUAACUGUGAGGUGAUUGGUUGUUUUGUAACGCCCUGUGGGCUGUACUAUGUUUGUGGAUUGGGAAUAAAAGAGACUGUAUGUGACAGUACAGAGGGUUCCUGUUUUAACCCUCAAAGUGAAGUGUCGUCUCAUUAUUGGGGGAAGGAUUCAUUGUAUGCUGUUCCAGUUUGACUGCUAGGAGAGUAAACCUAUUUGUAUGGUUCCUAUUCAACUGUCUACAGCAUUCAUAUGCUUGAGAGCAUUCACAUGCUCCUACGGUUCGGUGAUUGUGGUGUCUGCCAGAGUGCUUGGAGUCCUCAGGAAGCGCUAGGAGCAUCCUUCAACGGAGGUACCCAGUCGGGGUGCCAGGCGAUCCGUUACAAUGCUCAGUGAGGCUUACGAGCCAGACCUUUUAUAAGUGAUUUUGGGGAAGGAGAAAUUUUUUUUUUUUUUUUUUUCUUUCCUUUGCAAUCCAACAUCCGGUCGACUCUCUCUUUCCUCACCGGCUUGCAGACAUUGUCUGCGCUGGAAGCCUGGGUAAUCACUGAUCUAAGACUCUGGUUCUGUGAUAUCUAAGGAGGAACUUUACUUCCUCCUUUGAUGUCCAAGGUUCAUCUCUCUUGUGCUUGCGAUCCCCUUAUCAGAGCUGUGCAGGGAAUAAUAGUAAAUAAACCCAUUUUUCUCUAUCUAUUUUAGUCUCCUGCUGUAAAGGAUGUAUUGAAAGAACAGGACUCCAAGAAGGGCCUUAUUGCUGCCAUUUGUGCAGGUAUGUGGCGUUAAUCACAAAUCAAGCAGUGGAUAGGAUAAUUAUUUUCAUUCGAAGGGUGUCCAGUAAAAUUCUUAUAUUGUCCCCAGCAGCUGUUUGACGUUCUAUAGUUUUUCUCACUCUGGUAUUCAGCAUGGGGAAAAAAAUAUCUGACCUAUUUUCCCCAUAUGUGAAGGCUUAGGUAAAAAUGAUUGUGGUGCCUUUGGGAAACUUUAAUAUAUGAAGCUUUUGACAUGGCCAUACUUGCUAAAUACCCCUUGGAGAAAGAGUCUCUUUGUAGCUUGUAUUAUGAUGUUUGUGAAUAUAGCUGAUAACUCUUUAGAUCUGGUUCUGGUGUUUAAUAUUUUGGUAUUACAGGCCCCACCGCUCUCCUGGCUCAUGGAAUCGGAUUUGGAAGAAGUGUCACCACACACCCCCUGGCUAAAGACAAAAUGAUGGCAGGAGGUAAUAUCAAAACGCAUGUUAAACCUGCUGUUUAUUGAUCUAUUUGAAGAAGUUUUAGGUUGAAUUGGUGUCAUGCAAAAUCAAGUUCAUCAGUGGUCCUAAAAGAAUAUUGUCCAUUUUUAUAUGUACCAUCACAGAAUUGGGAUUUUUUUUUUUUUUUUUUUUUUAACUAGACAGUAAAUUGGCAAAGUUAAAGAUUAAUUUAUGUAUAGUUUGUUUGCAAUCAAUGUGUAUAUUUUGUAAGCCACAUCAUAACAAUCCUAAGGAAUGGCUUCUCAAGUCCUUAUUAGUGUUUCCAUCUCUCAAUCUUUCACAAGUUUUACAAAAGAAAUUAGUGAAUGUCAUACAUGGAAUGUGUGUUUUAUUUAUAUAUUUUUUUAUUUUUUUUUGUAAGCAUGUUGUGAUCACUGAAGUGCUUUGCUUUUGUUUAGAUAACUGUAAUAAUGUCAAACAAUUUUUCAAACAAAUGCCAUUCGCCCCAGUAUUAAAGAAUUGCCUAUUUGCAUUCAAGUGGUGAUGUCCUUUUAAAUCCUAACUCCUUGGUUUUAUAUGUUGAUCAGUGCUUCAUAAAAUGGUCUUCUGCAUAUAGGAAUAUCCACACUGAUAAAUGCAUUUCUUCUUAUCAGAUCACUAUAAGUACUCAGAAAAUAGAGUGGAGAAGGAUGAGCAUUUUAUCACAAGCCGUGGACCUGGUACCAGCUUUGAGUUUGGCCUGGCUAUCGUUGAAUUCCUCCUUGGACGUGAAGUGGCUGAUCAAGUAAAGGCACCUUUAGUACUGAAAGAUUAACCAAUGGAUUUAAUUAUGGUUAUGUUGCACUUAGCCCUUACUGAUCGUGGUACAAUGCAUUUCAAUACACGGUUUUCCUUCUUCGGUUUGUUAACUCUGUAUCCAGUUUUGUCAAAUAGUUUUAUUUGGAAAUCCAUUCUAAAGUUAGGGCAAAAUAUAAUAAAUAGCACUUAAUGAGUCUGCUAUGAACAUGCAAUUUGUCAAACGUAAAAUAAAUUGGUCAAUUAAACGAUCUGUGUGGUUAUGUUAUGAAACCAAAAUGUAUAAAAUACAAAUCGGCCUCUCUUUGGUAAUUUGGAGCAGACAAUAAAAAAAUUUAAAAAUAAAUAAUAUUUAAG